ACGAAAGCUAGUUUGAAAAGACUGGAUAUGGAUUAUGUGGAUUUGAUUUAUUGUCAUAGGCCUGAUGCUAGUACACCUAUUGAAGAAACUGUUAGGGCUAUGAAUUAUGUGAUUGAUAAAGGUUGGGCUUUUUAUUGGGGAACAAGUGAAUGGUCAGCUCAACAGAUUACUGAAGCUUGGGGUGUUGCUCAAAGAUUGGAUCUUGUGGGUCCUAUUGUUGAACAGCCUGAGUACAACUUGUUGUCUAGGCACAAGGUUGAAUCUGAGUACCUCCCUCUGUAUAGCAACUAUGGCAUUGGUCUUACGACAUGGAGUCCUCUUGCUUCAGGUGUUCUGACUGGAAAAUAUAAUGCAGGGAACAUUCCAGCGGACAGUCGAUUUGCACUGGAAAAUUACAAGAAUCUUGCCAACAGAUCUUUGGUGGAUGAUGUGUUGAGGAAAGUAGAUGGAUUGAAACCAAUUGCUGAGUCACUAGGUGUACCUCUACCGCAACUGGCAAUUGCCUGGUGUGCUGCAAAUCCUAAUGUCUCAUCCGUUAUUACUGGUGCCACCAAAGAGUAUCAGAUUGAAGAGAACAUGAAAGCUAUCAAUGUCAUUCCAAUGUUAACACCUGCUGUGAUGGAGAAGAUUGAGGCUGUUGUUCAAAGCAAACCAAAGCGCCAAGAUUCGUAUAGGUAGAUAAAUUUUAAGAUCCAUUAGGUCUUAAGAGCACUACUAUUUCCAGAAUGAGUUUUCCUUGCGAUGUAUUUUGCAACUCCUAUUGCUUGUCUUAUGUUAAGUACAUUAAGAGUUGGUGUUGUUUCUGAACCAACCUUUGAUUUUGGUGAAUUUUCUACUUUUCUUUGGGUGGAUGAGAUGUUGGCUUUCAGAGUUGGAAUGAAUAUUGUCUUUAGUCUCUGCUUGUGAGUAGAGACUAACAUACUUCUCAAAUUGUUUAUGUUUAUCCUGUGACUUAUAAU